CGCGCUGGCUGCCGGGAAUACAGAGUCGGGAGCAUGGUGGUCACCAGGUCCGGGCGGUGUCGGACUUGGGUCCCAGUCGCGUCAGGAAGCUCCCAGCACAAGGGUUCUACUCCUCAAGGUAUCGAGACACAUCUAGAAAGCAAGAAAGAUGACAGAAGUAUUGCUGAUUCACAGACAGCUGAGAAACAAAGUCCAGCCCUCUCCAGAAAGAGGAAAAGUCGAAGUCCAGGGCCCCCAGCAGAGAUAACAGAGCCGGCUACUGAUGCGGAGGUCUCUGAAGCAGAGUCUCAUGCUUCGGGGGUUACUUCUGUGUUUGAGGUCGAGGAGCCCAUUUUAAGAAUAACUAGGAAGAGGCAGAUCGUAAGCGCACCCACGCCAAAGUCCAGUGUUAAGAAAAGGCAGAAAACCCCUCAGUAUGAAUCUCUCGAUGAAGGAAUGGUUUCUGAAGCAGAAUCUCACGUUUCAGGGGUUUCCAUGGUUGUGCCUUCCACAGAAAGAAGCAGCAGAAGAAAUAAGGCUAAAUCUCAGCGAGAUUCAAGACCACAGUCACAGGCAGAAGCCGUUUCUGAUACUGAGUCUUCAUGCUCAGACAUUUCGUCAUCUGGGGUCGCACCCAGAACAGCCAGGAGCAUGCAGAGGAAAUUAGAGGCCCAAGCUGAGAAGGAAGGUGCUGAGCUUAUACCAGGAAAUAAAAAGCAAAGCAUGGGUACCUCUGUGAACUCAGAGGCCUCUCAGUUACCAGCGAGAACACAUUCUCAGGUUGAUAGGCCAAGUUUCUCUAAUAAUGAGACUGAUGACUCCAUCCCCAGAGGUUCAGAAAAAAAGCUAACACCACAAAACCACCAACAUUUGCAUAUACAAGAAGAAAAAGCCAGUGUUGCAUCUCUUACAGAAAUUAGGAAGGAGAAUUCUAAGAGUCUGGAUGAAGAGGACGCCAAAAUAAUGGAAGACAAAGAAAUUACUGAGAAGGAUUCCCAGUUGACUCUUUCUGAAGUUCAAGACACCAGCGUUCGGCAGUCAGUUUCUCAGAAUCAUUCAAGCACCCCAGGCAAUAAAGCCACACCACAGCCUUCAAGUCCCCAGCGUGAGGCUCUGAUGAAAUCAUUAGAGCACAAGUUUGCAGUUGUGAAAGUCGCGAGACUGAAUGAAGACAGAGUGGGCAGCCUAAAAAUGAGUGACAUGGCCCAGUCCAGUGAUCACGGGGAUGGCAACGACGACGAGUCCACAAGUGCAGGUGACUGUGAGAACGAGGACGGCCAAAGUGACGUGGGUCUCAAAUCUGAUACCAGACCCUGGAAGUCUGAAGUCAGCAUGUCGCAGGAUGUAGAUAGUUCUGUUCUGUUAUUUCUUAGCAGUGAUGAAAGCCAGCAGUCUGAAAACAGCGAGAACGAGAAGGACACUGUGUGUUCCAUUGGAAACAGUGGCCAGAAGGAGUCUUCAAGCGAAGACGUGGAAGACACUGUAUGUGGUAGUUCCCUCUUUGUAAUCGAUAGAACUCCAGGGUUGAGCGCUGACAAACAAUUUUACCUGGAAGACAAGGCCCCGAGUGAAGUUGCUGUUGAGGAAGAAGAGGAGGAGGAAGAAGAAGAAGGUGAAAAUACCGAAGAAUCAUCAGACAGCGAUGAAAAUAAAGAUGAGUCUAGUGAUGAGGAAGAUUUAUUAAAUAACACAAAGUCAAAGCUUCUGAAGUUGACAAGUAGCAGUAUAGACCCUGGACUAAAUAUCAAGCAGUUGGGUGGCUUGUAUAUUAAUUUCAAUGUAGACAAACUGCAGCCUCAAAAGAAAACCCUAACACAGAUCAAGGAGAAAAAGAAAAAUGAGCUUCUGCAGAAAUCUGUCAUUACACCUGACUUUGAAAAAAACUAUUGUGUGCCACCAUAUAGUGAGUCGAAGCAUCAGAUUCAGAAACAGCGCAGGAAAGAGCGACAGAAGACAGCCGGUGAUGGUUGGUUUGGCAUGAAAGCUCCAGAACUGACAGAUGAACUGAAAAAUGAUCUCAAAGCACUGAAGAUGAGAGCAAGCAUGGACCCAAAAAGAUUUUACAAGAAAAAUGACAGAGAUGGCUUCCCUAAGUACUUCCAGAUUGGAACUAUCGCUGAUAAUCCAGCUGACUUCUACCAUUCAAGAAUUCCCAAGAAACAAAGGAAAAAGACUAUUGUGGAAGAACUGCUGGCUGAUUCUGAGUUCAGGAGAUUUAACCGAAGGAAGUAUUCAGAAAUCAUGGCUGAAAAAGCAGCAAAUGCAGCAGGAAAGAAGUUCCGGAAAAAGAAGAAAUUUCGCAAUUAAAAUCUACAAUGCAAGCCAUAACAUUUUAUAGGUCCCCUUUAUUUGCUGAAGGUCAUCACAUAAUUUAUAUAAAUAAUGUAUAAAUAUUUAGUGAUUUCUUUUUGGAAAUAAAGCUGACUUUAUUUUGACAAAAUCAGUCAUGUGCCUCUUGGAAUAAAAAU